AUGAGUACUUUUUUCUCCAUUGUGCAGAUAGGGAAUGAUCUUUCUCAGUUUGUUGGUCCCCUUAUAUUGAACCUUCUCUUACAGGUACUUGGUGUUUUAUGUGAAGCUCAGUAUUUUCAGAAUGUCAUGCGUGUUGGCUUUCGUCUAAGAUCAACUUUGGUAGCUGCAGUUUUUCGCAAAUCUUUGAGGCUGACUCAUGAGAGCCGCAAAAUGUUUUUAUCUGGUAAAAUUACUAAUUUGAUGACUACAGAUGCUGAAGCUCUUCAGCAAAUAUGUCAAUCACUCCACACUUUGUGGUCAGCUCCUUUCCGGAUUACUAUUGCCUUGGUUCUUCUUUACCAGCAGCUGGGUGUUGCUUCUCUUCUCGGGGCACUGUUGCUUGUUUGUCUAUUUCCUAUACAGACAUUAAUUAUAAGCAAGAUGCAAAAGCUGACAAAAGAAGGAUUACAACGUACAGACAAGAGAAUUGGGCUCAUGAAUGAAAUAUUGGCUGCUAUGGAAACCGUCAAAUGUUAUGCAUGGGAGAAUAGUUUCCAGGCUAAGGUUCAAACUGUCAGGGAUGACGAGUUAUCCUGGUACCGGAAAUCUCAGCUGCUUGGAGCUUUGAACAGUUUCAUUCUUAACAGCAUACCUGUCAUCGUGAUUGUUGUUUCAUUUGGGUUAUUCACUUUGCUCGGAGGAGAUUUGACACCUGCAAGGGCCUUCACAUCUCUGUCAUUGUUUGCUGUUUUACGGUUCCCACUCUUCAUGCUUCCAAAUAUUAUUACACAGGUUGUUAAUGCAAACGUCUCAUUGAAACGUCUGGAGGGCCUUCUUCUAGCUGAAGAACAAGUUCUCAUGCCUAAUCCACCCAUUGAACCGGGAUUACCAGCUAUCUCUAUCAAGAAUGGAUACUUCUCUUGGGAGGCAAAGGCAGAAAGGCCAACUUUGUCAAAUAUCAACUUGGAUAUACCAGUUGGUAGCUUAGUUGCUAUUGUUGGCAGCACUGGGGAAGGAAAGACAUCACUCGUGUCAGCAAUGCUUGGAGAGCUUCCUGCAGUGGCAGAUGCAAAUGUUGUCAUCAGAGGAAAUGUUGCUUAUGUACCACAAGUUUCAUGGAUUUUUAAUGCGACAGUCCGCGACAACAUACUGUUUGGUUCCCCAUUUGAACGUGCAAGAUAUGAGAAAUCGAUAGAUAUGACCUGCCUGCAACAUGACCUGGAAGUACUGCCAGGUGGAGAUCUUACUGAAAUCGGAGAACGUGGGGUCAAUAUCAGUGGAGGGCAAAAACAGAGGGUAUCCUUGGCUCGGGCCGUAUAUUCGAAUUCAGAUGUUUACAUCUUUGAUGAUCCUCUAAGUGCUCUAGAUGCUCAUGUGGGACGCCAGGUUUUCGAGAAAUGCAUCAAAACAGAAUUAAGAGGGAAAACAAGAGUUCUAGUCACGAAUCAGCUACAUUUUCUGUCAGAAGUGGAUAGAAUUCUCCUGGUGCAUGAAGGUACAGUGAAAGAGGAGGGAACAUUUGAAGAGCUCUCCAACAAUGGCGUUCUAUUCCAGAAAUUGAUGGAAAAUGCUGGCAAAAUGGAAGAAUAUGUUGAAGAAGCAGAAGAUGUUGGAAAAGUUGACGAUAAAGAUGCUAAGCCUACUGUUAAUGGUACAACCAACGAGGUUGCUAAAGAUGAAAAACAAACAAACAAAAAAGAAGGGAAGUCUAUCCUUAUAAAGCAGGAAGAACGCGAAACUGGUGUUGUGAGCUGGAAAGUUUUGAUGAGAUACAAAAAUGCUCUAGGAGGUGCUUGGGUUGUUAUGAUUCUGUUUACAUGCUAUGUUUCAACGGAAGUCCUGCGAGUUUCAAGCAGCACAUGGCUAAGUUAUUGGACAGAUGUAGGCAGCCACGAGGAUGCGCAUGGGCCAUUAUACUACAACUCGAUUUACUCACUCCUCUCAUUUGGUCAAAGCUCCAAUGGUGUUCUUUCACACAAAUCCACUGGACGAAUCAUCAACAGAUUUGCCAAGGAUCUAGGUGACAUUGAUCGAACUGUUGCUCCUUUCGCAAACAUGUUUCUGAGUCAAGUGGCACAGCUUAUUUCAACCUUUGUGCUCAUCGGAAUAGUUAGUACAAUGUCUUUAUGGGCCAUUAUGCCUCUUCUGGUCUUGUUUUACGCUUCCUAUCUAUACUACCAGAGCACAGCCAGAGAAGUGAAGCGCUUGGACUCCGUCAGUAGGUCUCCUGUGUAUGCCCAGUUUGGAGAAGCACUUAAUGGCACUUCAACCAUUCGUGCAUAUAAAGCAUACGACCGGAUGGCCACCAUGAAUGGGAAUGCAAUGGACAACAAUAUCAGAUUUACUCUUGUUAACAUGAGUGGAAACCGCUGGCUCGCCAUUCGCUUAGAGACAGUAGGAGGCAUUAUGAUUUGGUUUACAGCAACCUUUGCUGUUUUGCAGAACGGAAGAGCAGAGAACCAGGAAUCGUUUGCCUCUACGAUGGGAUUGCUUCUCAGUUAUGCAUUAAACAUUACAAGCUUAUUGACUACUGUUCUAAGAAUCGCUAGUGUAGCAGAAAAUAGUUUUAAUGCUGUUGAGCGCGUUGGCACGUAUGUUGAUUUACCCGCAGAAGGUCCAGCCAUAAUUGAGGACAGCCGUCCACCUCCCGGAUGGCCUUCCGCUGGUUCCAUUCGUUUUGAAGAUGUUGUUCUGCGAUAUAGGCCGGAACUCCUCCUGUUCUACAUGGAAUAUCCUUCAGCAUUUCUCCUAGUGAUAAGGUCGGAAUUGUUGGAAGAACGGGGGCUGCCUGAUGAUUCCUUCUUAUAUAUUUGCAAAGGAACCGUAAGGUUUAAUCUUGACCCGUUCAACGAGCAUAACGAUGCUGACCUGUGGGAGUCUUUGGAAAGGGCACAUCUAAAAGAUGUCAUCAGGAGGAAUCCUUUGGGUCUUGAUGCUGAGGUCUCUGAAGCAGGGAUAAUUUCAGUGUUGGGCAGAGACAGCUACUGUCUCUUUCUAGAGCAUUGCUCCGCAGAUCAAAGAUUCUCGCUUCUUGAUGAAGCAACGGCUGCUGUGGAUGUCGGAACUGAUGCGCUCAUCCAAAAGACUAUCCGCGAAGAGUUCAAAUCCUGCACAAUGUUGAUCAUUGCUCACCGCCUGAAUACCAUCAUCGAUUGUGACAAUAUCCUUCUUCUCGAUUCUGGCAAGGUUGUCGAAUUCGACACUCCUGAAGCACUGCUAAGGCAAGAAGGCAGUGCUUUCUCUAAGAUGGUGCAGAGCACAGGGGCUGCAAACGCUGAAUAUCUACGCGACCUUGUGCUCAGAGAUGGUGAAAAGCGCGCUAGAGAGAAACAGGUGGAUGGGGAGCGGAGAUGGCUCGCCUCGUCCCGCUGGGCUGCAGCAGCGCAGUAUGCUCUCGCUGUCAGCCUCACUUCAUCGCAGAACGACCUCGUGCAGCUGGAGAUCGACGAGGACAACAGCGUCCUCAGGAAGACGAGGGACGCUGUGAUCACGCUCCGGGGAGUGCUGGAGGGGAAGCACGACAAAGAAAUCGAAGAGAGUCUCGAGAAGCACAACCUUUCUAGGGAUAGUUGGUGGUCGUCUCUCUACAAAAUGAUUGAAGGACUUGCCACGAUGAGCCGACUCGCUCGCAACAAGCUCCACCAAGGGGAUGAUUUUAAUGACCGAAUGACAAUCGACUGGGACCAAGCCAGCAUAUAG